AUGUCGUCCAGCAGACGUUCAUCCCUUAACUCGCUGUCCUCAAGCGAUCAUGGAAGCCCUUCUUCACCCCUUCUACGCGACACCCUCUCCAACGCGACCCUCAUUUUUGUUCAGAACGACGACGACGACGAACCUUCCACCGCCCCUCUUGACUUCUCCUCGGACGAUGAUCUCGCAGACGACUUUGGUUCUCAUCUCGAUCGCAUCAGGACAUCAUCAGUUCCUCCUCUCUCUCCCAGUCUUAUACUCCUCUACCUCCUCACGCCAUUCCUGAAGCUCGGUUCGAUGUUUAUUCCCUACACGGGUACACCACUCAAUCGAUCAAUUCCGGUGCUCUUGGCCUUCGCGCUCUUUGCAGCAUGCUCAAGACAUCUGUGCUAUAUGUUAGCAAAAUACGUUCAUAAUCCGGAUUUGGAGGAAAUUGUAUUGGAUGCCUUCGCGAGAGGGAGAGGGAAGGAGCGCCGUCGGGUGUUCUUGAGGUCUUUGGUGAGGAUUGGGACGGGGCUCCUGAGGGUGCUCUUGGCCACCGUGUAUCUGCGAGCAUCGGUUGAUGCACUGCUGCCUCUUUCCCCCACUAAGAUGCCAUUAUCCUCUCGGAUAGUCUUUAGCAUCUUGUUGUCUUUGGUCAUCUUGCCUCUCUGCUUAGCGCCCUCUCUGGCGGCUAAGCGCGUAGCGUAUGCUACAUGGGUAUCCGUUGCCGCGUACAUUGUUUGGCUAGGAAGCAUCUCGUUCGCUCACGCGCAAGGCACAUUGGAUGUCAGUUCUGGACGGCUUCGAACAGGGAUACUCUGGCAGGGAACCACUACUAUUGCCUUCUCGUUCGUCACAACUUGGACUCUCCCUCUAUAUGCUUCUCUUCAGGGCAGCGCCCACCCCCUGUCAACCACCAAGAAAAAACGUCACUCUUUUAAACUUCUAUCAAUUGUUUCAAUAGGUCUCGCCGUUGCCCUCACGCUCCCUCUUUGUUUCUUUGCCGCCGCCCCGAUUCCCCCGUCUCAAAUACAGGACAUUUUCGCUCGCGCGCCGAAUCCUCUGAUGGCUGUGUCAAAUACCGUUGUUCUUGUGUUGGCCAUACCACCUCUGGUUGUUACUACCCCGCCUCUCCCCAUCACACUGUCCCUCCGCCGUGCGACAAAUCUACCGAUACCUAAGCUUAUUAUCUAUUUGCUUAUUCCCGUUCUCUCUCUCCUUCCUGCGCACCCGUCCGCUAUAUUGAGCGAUAUCAUUCUAGUACUUGCGCUUGCAAGUACGUAUAUCCUUCCAGCUGUAUUGCAUGUAACGAUGCAUCACUUCAAGCGCCCCCUCUCAAUCGUGAUUCCUUCUGCAGUCCACACCCCGUCUGCAGUCAACUUUGACCGGGCAUCGCUAGAUCGAGCUGACGCUGAUGAGCUGCUGCAGCGCAAGGAGCGCACAUUACAACGAAAGCGGCUUGGGCGACGGCUCGUGUGGGACAUCGCAGCGUGGGCCCUUCUUCUGCCUGUUGGAGGCGGGGGUACUCUGUGGGCCAUUGGCAGGAUUAAUGGAACUUGGUAA